AUGGGAGGAGUUGUGUGGCAUUUGGGGCUCCAGCUGUGCAUUGCUGCUGCGCUGCUCUUUGGUGGAGGAAAAGGGAGAGAGCUCUCUGGCAGCCUGAGCUGCCUGAAUAACUACAUGACUACCGUGAGCUGCGUGUGGGUAACGGAGAAGCCCGUGGGCAAUGGACCUUUCCACCUGCAUUUCACCAACCUCUGGUCAAAGGGCCACAACGCCAGCUGCAAACUGACUGCCACAGAGAGCAUGCAGAAUCAGUACCACUGCACAAUUCAUUUAGCCAGCCAGAUCUUGGAAACAGAUGGUUAUAGAGUCUCUCUCCAGGGAAACUUCUUUGGAUGUAAUCAGACAUACAUGGCCUUUCUAGAGUACAAUCCCCGCAAACACAUAAAACUUGAUCCACCUUUGAACAUCCAGAGCAAUGCCACUGCCAACAAGUGCCAGAUAUGGUGGAGUGCGUGGAAUGUGCCUUGGUACCUCGCUGAAAUUCUCCAAUAUGAGUUGCAGUAUAAGGAGUACAGCAUGUCCUGGGAGGUUGCAAUGAACAAGACACUGCCCAGUUCACUGCCACAAGUAGAAAUUGAAGCCACAGAGCUUCGCAGUGGCAUUGCUUAUGCUGCAAGAGUUCGCUGCAAAGUUUCUGAAAAUGAGAAUUCAUACCAGAGUCAAUGGAGUGAGUGGAGCCAGACAACAGUGUUUAAAAGAGCAGAUGUCCCCAAAGUCUCUGAAAAUAUUCUAAAUAUCAAAACUAUGCAGUACUUGUUCAUUCCUCUGAGUUUUGGCACUCUACUCUAUUUAUUAUGGAACUGCAAGCUUUCCUCAAGGGCAAAAAGCCUCACCUGCUUUAACAUUCCCACACCAGCUGCUUUCUUUCAGCCACUCUAUAGUUUGCACAAUGGGAAUUUUAAGGACUGGGUUGGACUGAAUGAGGCUUGUAGCCAGCUUGAAAGAGAAGAGGCCAGCAACUCAAGCAAAGUGAAUGCAGAUAGAGUUUCUGAUCUAAACACCCAAGAACUGAUUUCCCAAAUCUCAUUGAAACCUACCGGAAGCACAGAUGUGGUUACUGCAGAAGAAAACUUUGCAUUUGCCUCAGGUCCAAGCCAGCAGUAUGUCCCCAGCAGGUACAUAAGAGCAGAAGAGAUAGAGAUGCGGCCAGGACUAUUGUUUGCACCAAACCAUGCUGAUGAUACCGUUGGCCCAAAAUUAUCUGAAAUCAUUAAAGACAACCUUGAGAGCCCUAGUGUUGGAAGGAAUUAUCCCUCUCACUCACAGCAUGGAAAAGGUGACUUUCUUAUGCUUCGAGAAUCUUUGGGGAUAAAAGAUGUGUCCUUCAGUGGUAGUGACUAUUGUACUUUGUGUGACAAUGAUACCACAGGAGGUUUGAUUUCCGCUGAACUACUGAAGCUUUCUAAUCACAAUAGUCAUGUUAAACAUCAGAAAGAUCAGCAACAUUUGCUGAAGAAUACUGCCCACAAAGUUCCUUGUGCUCUCCUAUCACCUCCCAAGCGGCACAAAUGGUGA